AUGGCGGCGGGCGUCAUCAGAAACUUCCUCGUGCAGACCCCGACUCCAGCCUACUUUCCGCUUAUUUUCCAGCACUCUUCAUGCAAGGAAGAUCUGAGGGAAGAUGACGAAGACAGAGAAGAAGAGGAGGAGGAGGAUGAUGAAGAAUCUGAAGCUCAGGAGGAAGAGGAGGAAUGUUUAGAGCUUUUCUUAAAACCCGCCCACUAUGCUUUGGACGUGACCAAGCAGCUGUUGAGGUUUGCAGAUCUCAUCAGCCGUGACAUUCAGCGGUAUUUUGGUCGCUGCUCUGGUGAUCAAGACACUUGUGACAUCUACAGCGACCCAGUCUCCGUCACAACAGGCGGGCGGCUGCGUUAUUAUGACGACCUGCUGAAAAUUGCAAGAGCAGGAAGUCCAGAGGAGCAAGAAAACAGCUUUGGGACUUGUGCUGAUGAUAAAGGAGUCGGAUUUGCUAAGGGUAACAGCGGUUUGGGGCCCCUGGCCGAACUGUUCAACCACAGGGGCCCAAGUCAGGGCCGCAGCCGCCCGAUGAUCAAGCGGCAUCUCCCGCUCAGUUUCUGGACUGAACCAAUCCCCUGCUGCUCUCUGGUCAGUUUCAGUAACACACCUGAUGUCACACACACAAAAAGUGACUCGCCUUCACAGGACAGCACACACACAGACACAAACACACACAUGCACUACAAUGCACUGACACACCACAACACACACACCCUCGACGGCACUCAGCCAGACUUCAGUGACUUGCUGGCAAACUGGGAUCCAAACCCAGAGCUCACACACACACUAACGGAGAACACACACAUGCAGCAUUAA